AUGUGUGUGUGUUUAUGAGGGGUGUAUUGCGCAUGUAUACUGAUAUAGCGUUGGAUAUGCCCUAUUGUGUACACACGGACUAUUCGUUAUUUUGGACGUUGCGCGAGGCCGUUGAAUUUUCCGGCGCGACCUUGCUGACCAAGAUUUGCGCUGCGAUCGAUCCGAUUCGAUUUUUGAAGAAAAACGUCGGGAGGUGAUACUUUCGUUCGAGCACGCGGCGAAGCUAACAAGUUAAUUUUUCUCUCUUAAAAAUCGAUGGACUUUGUUAUGAAGCAUUUAAUCGAUGAUUGGUUGCCUUUAAACUAUUAGUGCUCAGCAGGCGGCAAAAUUAAAAAUCCUUCUGAAAAAAUAUAAUCGAUGACGUGAUAUUGACGAUUGAUGAAGACAAUAACAUAACGCCUGGAUAUUAUACCUCCCGCUGCGCGACACGACCAUAAAUGCGAAGAGUUAAAGGAAAAGAAAAAUUUGCAUCGCGCGUCGAAAGGUGCGCGCGCGAGCGCAUUCCUCUCCUGUCGUGACUAGCCGGACAACAAUGCAUAAGUAAGAGAAUCUCGCGCGUGUGUAAUUAUUGCUGCGAGAGCCAUGACGCUUCGUUUAGCGGCUUCAGAGGCGUCUUUCACGUCGAGAGCUAAUAAGUGUAAGUAUACUCGCUGUUGCUUCGAUGUGCCUCUGCGAGGAGUACGUGUAGCUUUAAUUUUCAGCUGCAUUAGGGCUGCAUUGCCGGAGUUAAUAUCGCGCGUUGGUUUUUCACUUCUCGCGCGAAACGUACGCGAGUGCAGUGGCUCGAACCACAUUAGUACAGAAUGCUCGGAAUCGCGCGAAAUCAAAAUCCAUUCCGCGCGCUUGCACUGGCGCCUAAAAAUAGCAGCCUCGACAAUUCGCCCAAUAAAAAGUUCAUAUUUCUCGGAGAGCAUUAGCGCCACGCCUCGCUCUAAUAAAGCCUCUCUCAAUCUCGCGAGCGUCAGUCAUCCGAUCGCAGCCUCGACGGAAUUAACGAGGGAACUGCGACGCUGCAGCCAUAGAGUUGGUGCAACGAGAGGAAACGGCGGCCCUCUCUCUCUCUCUCUCUCUCUUCACCACACACAUCGGAUAUAGAAAUCCGUUUCUCUGCGGACGUACGUUUUAUACGCGUGAAAGAGAGACGGAGAGGAAAAGAAGAAGAAGAAGAAGAAGAAGAAGAAGGAGUGGGAGAGAGAUAGAGAGAACGCACACAACCGAUUAUCUAAACCAAGGCCGCCUGCGUGCCGUAGCUUCACAACGCGAUCGCCAUCAGAGCCGCGGCAGUCGGUUCGCGGAUUCCUUCGGCGUCGCUGCUCGCGUCGAAGACGUCACCUGUGGUGCAUAUCGCUGCAGUCCAGGAGCAUCGAUGACAUAAGUUCCAUUGUUCCGAAGCAUUCGUUUGUUGACACCUGACUCUGGGAUACAGCAGGAGUAUCAGAACCGGUGUGAUUUUGGAGACUUGUAUCGCGGCGAGGGAGAUAAGAGACAUGAAGCCCGAUCACGUGGACGAUAAGGGACUGCCCGGUACGAUGGCGCUCGUCACCAGCAUCGUCACCCAUGUUCUCCUGCUGCUCCCGGUACUCUACAUCGUGGGAGUGGCCUUCGAGAGCUACCAGUUCUUUUCCUGGCAUCCCAUCUGCAUGGCGCUUGGCGCUGGCCUGCUAACCGCCGAAGCCGUCUACGCGAUCAACGGCGAGGCCUACGUCAGCAAGAAGGUCCGACGCUCCAGUCGCGUGACCCUCCACUGGAUCCUCCACGCGGUGGGCAUCGGCCUCCUGAUAAUCGGCCUGGUCAUCGUGAUCGUCAACAAGAACGACAAGGGCAAGGAGCACUUCGUCUCCACCCACGCCCAGUUCGGCCUGGCCACCUUCGUCAUCGUCUGCGUCGUGGCGAGCUUCGGCAUCCUCGCGAACAACACCCAGUGGCUCUACCCCAAAGUCAGACCGGUACUCGUCAAGGUUCUCCACGCGUUCGCCGGUAUCACCGCGACGAUUCUCCUCAUAGCUACCGUCAUCAACGGAACCUACAGCAAGUGGUGGACGAAGAUCGGCGCCUCGGAGACCGGUAGGGAUCUGCUGUUCGCCUCGCUCUUCAUCGCGGGCUUCCUGGUUCUCGUGAAACCCGUUAUAGGGGUCAUCGCCAGGAGUCGCGUCCUCGCGAAACCAGCGCCUGCCAGUGCUACUCAGCAGACCGUCGAGAGUCAGCAGACGUGAUGGGGUCAGGCGCGUCUCGAUCGUCGCGGCGGCGAUUGUUUCGGAUCGCGUGGGUCGAUAUGCGACGACGAAUUUCGCAUCAGACGACUGAAACACGGUCGCGAGAGAUGAAGAGGAGAUUAUAAUUAUAGACGAGCGUGGAUGCGCUGCAUCAUCGUAUUAUAUCCCCGAUGUGUUUCCAAAGAUAUACGUGUUAAGCAACGGUUUCUAUUUUCUCAUUGUUAUAAUCUGGUAUUCUCUUUCUCCGUGCGCAAUAUGUAUGAUAUGCUGCCGUUCGCUGUAAUGGCACGGAGGCGUGGACGAGAGCUGGAGGCGCCGCGAGGUGCGAGAAAUUAUUGCCUUAUUACAAGUUUCGCGAAUCGACGAGGAGGUGAUGAUGGGACUGUUUGUCGCAUCGGAGAAAUUCGUUCUCGAUUGGUUCUAUUGUUUUCGUUUCGAGUACUUUACACAACUACUUAUACUCACUCCACUUAUUACGUCGAUGCCAGUAUAUAUUAACUCUAUAUUAUGGACUAAUAGCUUUCUCAACGGCUGUUGUGAUAUCUUUAGAUCGGAACAACGGUAUACUCAAAUAUACGUAUUUUUCAUGAUUUAAUACUUCUUUAUUAUUAUUUUUUUUAAUCAAAAAUCGGAAUAAAAUCUCGUUUCCGUUUGUUACACGCUGUUAUUUUUUGAAAUAAUACGUGCUAUGUAAUUUUCUAGUACAAGUCACACAACGGUCAACGCUAUUGUUGAAGAGAUUUUUCUAUACGUCUAUAGUAGAUUAUGUAAGAAUACCGUAACGUAUUCAGAGCACGCAUGUUGCAGGUUAUGACCUCAUUUGUAAGUACCAUCUACAGAAUUAGAACUGAAUUCUUGUCAGUAAUAGACACCACGUCUGUACGUUGUAUACUUAAUUGUAAGAUGUAACUUUUUAUUAUUAUUUUAUAUGCGUGCAAUUGUUGUUUAAUUGUUUUAACAAAUAUUUUUUAUAUUGAAAAUUUUAUUAUUAUAUACCUACCCGCAUAUAAGCUGAAAAGAAUAAAAAUAAUAUUAAUUUUUCAGAGUCAUUGUCUUAUCGUCAACCAUAUAUCAACACUUUAUUAAUCUUACACGCAUCAUAUACAUAUACACAGAAUAUAAUGUAUAUAUUUUCUUUCAUAGUACAAUAUAUUUGCAUAUAAUGGUACAUUACAACUCUGUCUUAAAUUUAAUACAUUUUUGCUUUUUGUGUAAUACAGUCAGCCAUUUUACAAGAAUACUUUUCUUAUCGCAACAAAACUCUGCUUUUGCCUUAACAUUAUGUAACAACGUGUAUACAUAUAUAUAUAUUUAUUUUUUUUUAUACAUAUAUAGAUCUGCAUCUAUUUUUUAUUCAUUUUUAUGUAAAAACGCGAUGUGUACAAUAAAGUAUCCGCUGAAACGAAAGAUUCUGGCGUUUUAUCCUUAUAUUAGUUGAUUUUCAACUGAAAAACACUCUUCUCGUGUGUUUGAGCAGCGAUAACUGAAUCAAUACGCGGCUGUCUGUAGUUCAAACAUUUUACUCUCGAAGCUGUAGAUCAAACAUUUUACGCGAAACGCGAGAAAUUUUGAAAUCCUAAAUAUCGCGCAACCACUCGAUAUUGUAUAACAUAAUCGUAAUUUUCAAUUGAAUUUUCUUGACACUAUCUUGUAUACACCGCGUUGUUAUAAUUCCUAAUUCAUUUUCGGCAUUGUGUCUACGUGGCUACGUAAAAAUAUAUCCCAUUCUACAUAAUAUCCGAGUAUAAUACCAUUAAUGACUUUACUGUCGUGGGUAAAGCAAUUAAUUAUACUUUGAACAUAAUAGGGGGGAAUAACUUUUACGAAGACGUUGCAACCUCGGUAAUUGUUAACCCUACAAUAUAUGUAACACUCUAUCAACUAGAUCAUCACUUUUCCUUUGUUUUGUAUUUGUUGCACGUGUUUUUUGUCAGAAAAUUAUUCCCAGUGCUUUAUCUUUUUUUUCAGAAUUGAUAUUCGUGUGAUACUUGAUAAACGAACGUAUUUUGUUCAUCAGUGCGUUAGCUUUUGGAAAAUUUUGAAUUUUAACUUUUUUUUAGUUCCACUCGCGCAUUCACACCGACUCGUUAUUUUUACGGCUCAUUCUCACUCAUACGCACGCAAUACACGUGUACGAGACCUGACAAUACGUGUUCUCUACAUUGUUUGGGGUGACGUUCUAUCCCAAGGAAAGUAAAAAUA